CAUAUGCCUACGUCUGCCCGUCGUGUGCGCUAGGAGCAAAAGUAGUUCCGCGUGUGGAGUCUAGGAUUCUGGCAUUUACAGAUGCUUGUGAACAGCCAUGAACAUUGACUUUGAUGACCUGUUUGAUACUGAGCCAGCAGAAGAUAUAGAGGCUGUUCAUGAGACUGAAGUUCAGUCUGAUGGGAAUGAAAGUGGUAAUGAAGCUGAUGAAAAUGCUGAAACUGAGCAAAACAAGACAGAUGACGUGGACGUGGACGUCGGUGACGGUAAAGCCAAGAAGAAGCGCGUCUCGCGGCCCCAGCCUAAGCUGAACGGCGACCGGCUGUGUGGCGCGCGCGGCAUCGGCAUCAUGGAGCACACCUUCUCGGGCGUGACAUUCCAGGGCCGCGGGCACGAGCAGGCCGACCUCGCCGUGCUCAUGGCCAAGCUGCAGCACUGGGCGCACCGGAUGUUCCCCAAGAUGCCGUUCGACUCGGCGCUAGAGCGGAUCGAGAAGCUGGGCAAAACCAAACCGGUGCACACUAACGUGAGGAAGAUCCGGAUGGGCCUGUCCGUGCUUCCGACGGUCAUCGACGACGACGACGACCCGACGGUGCGGGGCGCGCCCGAGGUCGACGUGUUCGACGAGCUGAUUGGGGACGCGGCGCGCCACGAGCCCCGGCCGUCGUCCCCGGUCCGCGACGAGCCGUCCCAGCCGUCGCAGUCGUCCCAGGCGGCUCCAGCCACAACCCUCUCGGAAGAGCAGCAGGAGCGCAUGCGGAAGAACAGGGAGCUGGCGCAGCUGCGGCGGAUGCGCGCCCAAUUUUCCAGCAGCAGGCGCAGGCUCGGGCGUCGCCGUCUGGACCGGCACAGAUGGCGCCCCAGCUGA